AUGUACACGAAGAUCGAGAACCUAUUGUUGUUAGGGUCGUUGUCAUAUGAGGCGACGGCAGCAGCUCAUGGCCAGCAAGCCAGCAACAACGGGCCUGCCGACCUUGAUUGGCAUCCUCCCAGCAAGACCAGCAUUAAUGAUCUCGGUAGCGUCAUCAAUGGCACGGGGAUAUACGGCUUCAUUUUCAACAGCUCGACCACUCCGGCGACGUCUGGGUACGGCACGUACAACUGGUGCAAUAUGCCCCAUGUACGAAGACAGGAGUAUGUGGUGCCUCCCAAAGACUACAAGCUCGAAUACGUGGAAUUGAUCCACCGCCAUCAUAAGCGCACCCCAUACGCAUCCAACACUUUCCCUCGUGAGACCUAUCCCUGGUACUGCGAUGACGAGGCUCUGUUCUACUACGGUACACCGGACCCAGACGGCCACUCCGCCCAGACCAGCUGGCAAAUCUUUACCUCAGACUCCAAUCCGCUGGCGCCAGAGGGAUUCAAUGGGACCUGCCAAUUCCCACAGAUAACCGCCGGCGGCCUGAACGACUCUCGACAACACGGCAAGGAUCUAUUCGACGUGUAUCAUGACCUCCUUGGCUUCUUACCCGCCGAGUACGACAAUCGGAGGGUAGGCUAUCGCGUCACAAACAACGUGAUUACGUCGCAAGUUGUGAGCCAGGUCGUCCUUGGCCAGUAUGCGGGCCAGUUCACCGACAAACCUGUUGGCGUCGCAAUCCAGCCUGACUCGAUCGACUCUCUCGAACCCGGAUAUACGUGUGAGGCUGCCAGCGACAUGUACUCCAGCUACGGCGUGGGUAGCGACGCGGCCAAUUGGACAUUACAUCUGAACGAGUCGGCGCCGCUGUUCGCCAAACUCGACUCCGUCUCAGUGAUCAACGCUUCUGACCCGGAUUGGCAUCAAUGGUUUGACCAUUAUUUUGAUAACCUAUCAGCACGACUGUGUCAUCAGAAACCGCUACCUUGUCAGGAGGGCAAUUCGAGCAAUUGCGUCACACAAGAUGAGGCCGAUGCCGUCUUCCGCAGGGGCCAGUACGAAUAUAGCUGGAUCUAUCGAGACUCGCCGCAGUCGCUGGCUGCUAGCACCGCCUCCUUUGGCAUCUGGGUGGCGGAGCUUGCGAGCAACCUGCGCAGCGCAAUGGGCGUCGAGAACACACCCAAAAGCUCCACGCUCUACCGACAUAAUGUGGCCCAUGAUGGCAGCGUGUCCCGGCUGCUCAGUAUCUUACAGGUUGAUGUCAUGGUGUGGCCGGGGAUGGGGUCCGAGAUUGUCUUCGAACUCUACUCGCGCGAAGGCUGCUAUUUCCUCCGAGUGCUCUGGGGCGGCCAGGUCUUGCACAGUUCGAAUCCGAGUCUCGGUCGCAUGGAUCUGAUUCCCAUCCAGACUUUCCUCGAUUAUGUGGAUGGCCUGGUUGGGGCCAAGGCAGCGAAAAUCCCUGGCUUGUGCGAAGGGAAAGAGUAG